CCGGAAGUCCGGAACGCACGAAAGAAGAUUGAGGGUCAGCUCGGGGUGGGGAGUGGCAAGCUCUGGGUCGCCGCGGGCUGGAGAGCGGAGGCGCGGGUGCCCUGGGAGGAGCCCUCGUGCUGGGAUCUGCGAGCGGAGAAAAUGAAUAUUAUGUUUUGCUAAUGAGGGCAGCGCCCAGCAUCACUGUCUUGUAAUUUCCUGUACAAUCAGACAGUAAACCUUGUGUCUAAACCUUGUGUCUAAAAAGGAGGAACUUUAAAUGUCUUCAGAGGACAAAGACGCUCAGGAGGACGAGCUUCUUGCUUUGGCAAGUAUUUAUGAUGAAGAUGAGUUCAAGAGAGCAGUGUCCGUACAGGGAGGAGAAAUGAAAAUCUGUGUGGACUUGCCACAAAAUUUCAGUAUAUGUUUGAGGGGCAAUCCAUUAGAUAAUCUUCAGAAUGGCAAACUUGAAUGCACAGUUUGCUUCUUGCCUCCAGUUGUUCUGAAUUUUGAAUUCCCAACAGACUAUCCAUCAACUUCCCCACCUGUGUUCACUCUCGGUACCAAAUGGCUCUCCCAAGAACAGCUCACUGCACUUUGCAAGCACUUAGACAACUUAUGGGAAGAAAAUCGAGGUUGUGUGGUCUUGUUUGCUUGGGUGCAAUUUCUCAAGGAAGAAACACUUGGGUAUCUGAACAUCACCUCCCCUUAUGAGCCAAAGAUAUGUGAACAAGGACAAAUACAAAACAGAACACAUAAAGAAGAAGCUUGUUACGCUGUAGCAGGUGCUGCAACAGCACAGGAAGAAACCCUCGAUCUAAGAGCUAUACAGAAUGUUGAUUCUCUGUCCAGUCUGAUUAGAGAAAUACUAGAUUUUGAUAAGGCCCAAAGAGAAAAAUGCUUUAAUAGUAAAACGUACUUAUGUAAUAUCUGCUUUUCUGAAAAGCUGGGAAGUGAAUGUAUGCACUUCAUGGACUGCAGGCAUGUGUAUUGCAAAGCCUGCUUAAAGGACUACUUUGAAAUUCAGAUCAGAGAUGGGCAGGUUCAGUGCCUGAAUUGUCCAGAACCAAAAUGUUCUUCUGUUGCUACUCCAGGGCAGGUUAAAGAGCUGGUUGGAGAGCAGCUGUUUGCACGUUAUGACCGCCUGCUGCUUCAGUCCAGCUUGGAUUUGAUGGCAGAUGUGGUAUAUUGCCCACGCCCCGGUUGCCAAACACCAGUGGUUCAAGAACCAUGCUGUAGCAUGGCCAUCUGUUCCAGGUGCUAUUACGCUUUCUGUAUCUUGUGUCAGAAGGCUUAUCAUGGUGUCUCUGCAUGUAAAGUCACUGCAGAUAAAUUAAUUGACUUGGAGGCUGAGUACCUUGAAGCAGAUGAUGCCGCAAGAAGGUUUUUAGAGCAACGCUAUGGCAAAAGGGUGAUUCAAAAGGCACUGGAGGAAAGUGGAAGUCGAGAAUGGCUGGAAAAGAAUUCCAAAUCAUGUCCCAACUGUGGCACUCAUAUAGAGAAGUUGGAUGGCUGUAACAAAAUGACAUGCACGGGCUGCAUGAAGCAUUUCUGUUGGCUUUGUAUGAGGUCUUUGUCAAAGGCAGAUCCAUAUGGACACUUUAACGAUACAGGUUCCCCAUGUUUUAACCGAUUAUUUCAGGUUUUGCAAAAUGAUGAUGAUGAUUUCCAGGAUGAGGACUAGUUCUCCAUCCCACUGACCAAAAACUGAGGAAAACACAAUUGAAGCAGUUGCCAUACCUGCUUUGUGCCAGAUUCCCACCCUACCCUGCCAAUACUGGAAUUAUGAUGAGAAGGCACAAAAGAACUACAAAAUGCUUAUAAAGUCACUUUAAGUUUGCUGAUACCUUAAAGCUGCUAGCUUGAAGCCUUGAAUACCUUGAGGGUGGUGACUUAAAUACCUUUUUACAAUUUUCAAGUAAUCGAGAUGACUUCUAAAAAAUUUCCUUUAAUUUUCAAAUAGUGCACUGAAAAUCAAGCAAAAACUCGAUAAUAGACACUUUGCAGUAUUUUUUUUGGUAAUUUGGUCUUUUGCUGCUAAAACUGACUUAGCAGUUAGCUGACAAUGCAGGCAUCUUUUCCUUGUUAAUCAUUACACAAAUGUGAAAUUCCUAACUGUUCUCCUCCAAUCCCCAUUUGUAGUAGAUAGCCUGUUGUGUUUUCUAUAUUGUUAAUGCAGGUGUAUCAAGACUUCAGAAGGAUCCAUCUCUUCCUGCUUCUUCAGAAACUGACUUUAGAAUAUGCUGAUUAGCUUACGUUAAAACUGAGUUACUCCUUUUCUUCUAAGUUUUUUUUAAUUUUACAAAUUAGGCAUUCAAUUGUCCUUUAAAGAGAUUUAAAAACUUGAAUGUGGAAGGAUGAUAAUCAAGGGAAUUUGAAUAUUGGUUAUUCCUGAUUAGGGCAUUUGAUUGGAUAUGAGGCAGUAUAUGGGGUUUGGCAGAGCUAUUAUAUGUGUUGAUUUUAAUAUGGCAGUAAAGUGUCUGACUUUGUUCCCCUACCACUUUCCCUAGUGUGCUGCAGAGGCCCUUCUCCUGUAACAUAGCAGGAAGACUAGGAAGUCUUCCUCUUGACUAGUUGAUGUUCUGGCUUAUGCAGCCCUACUUUCUAGUUGAGAUGGAUUACAGCCUGCCAACAAAACCCUUUAUUAGUAAAUCCCUUCCUGCAUUGUGCCAUAAUGAACCACCUCUCUCCUUCAUCUCUGAUUGGAGUUAUAGGCAUUUGUAACAUUCAGAUAAUGAAGUGUUUCAAAAAUGGGCAUAGCAGCCCUUCCUAUAGACUUGCAUGAGCUUUAGAGGGAGUACUAUAAACCCCAUCCCUUUUGCAAGCGCCUUGAGAAUGUAAGGGCACACUUGGAUUAAAGGUGCCCAGCUACUACUCCCUACCAUUUGGAAAAAUUUAACAGCCUGAUUAUGUUGGAAAACAUUUAUGCUUUUAAUAUAGAAAAAUCACAUUAGUAGCAAAGCACCACAUUAUUCAGCAUUUCACAUUGAGUUCUUAUAAAUUAAAAAAAUAGCUUCCUCAUUUUUUUUUAAAGAGUGCACGCCAUGCACUAUUACGAAGAACUGAUCAUUUCUAUUGUUCAUUUGGUCUUGAUUAUGAAAACACUGGUGACCGUAGUUAGCUUUGUCUCGGAGAUUACUGCAUCCAUUGGUACUGCCUCCACUUGGCUUAGGUCCAUGGCAGAUUCAAUAUAUUUUUUCCAACAAUAGAAUAGAAAAUGUUCAUGUUCUUACAGAUUUGCAGCAAGUGGUGGUGGAAAUUUCCUACACAAGGUUCUGCUUCCAGAGACUUAAGAGAUUAGUCGCUGUAUGGUUUCUUGGACUGGCUUCUUUCUGCUCCCAUUUCUUUUAUACUGUAUAAGGGAUCCACUAACUUGUUAUGAACAAGCAUCAAACCUGUCAUGGAAAGCACUGAGUGAAAUACAUUGUGUAAAGCAAAAAAAUCAAAGUAAAAAAGUACCUAUUCCCUACUA